UUUCGCCGCGUUUUGGAUCUUCGCGGCCCUACGAGUCGAAUCCUGCAUGUUGCGACACAUGGCAAGCUUAACCAGGUUUUUAAUGUUGUCCACACGUGUUUAAUCUAAUUAAUUGCUGCUUUGUCGUGUCCUUUUUGUAUAAAGUUUUGCAAAAUUAGUUAUCAUUUAAAAUGGCCAAAAAAACUGUUAUAGAAAAUUGUAAACCAGGAGAAGACAAAGUGCAUAUGAAAAAGGAGCUUGGAUUAUUGGAAGGAGUAGCAAUAAUUUUAGGAAUCAUAUUUGGUUCAGGAAUUUUUAUUUCUCCAAAAGGAGUCAUACAAGAAGUAAACAGUGUUGGUGUAUCUUUGAUUAUCUGGGUACUAUGUGGAUUACUAUCAAUGGUUGGUGCUUUGUGUUAUGCAGAGCUGGGUACAAGUAUACCUCGUAGUGGUGGAGAUUAUGCCUACAUACAUGAAUCAUUUGGUAACUUGGCAGCAUUUUUGUAUCUUUGGGCAGCAAACUUGAUUUUUGUGCCAACGACAAAUGCAAUAAUGGGUUUAACUUUUGCUCAGUAUGUAUUACAGCCAUUCUUUACUAAUUGUAAUAUUCCUGAUGAAGCUAUUAGAUUAUUAGCUGCUGUAACAAUAUGUUUCUUAACUUUCAUCAACUGCUAUGACGUGAAAGAGACAUCGAAAAUGCAAAAUAUUUUUAUGUUUGCUAAAGUUGGUGCUUUAGUAAUAAUUAUUUUGGCAGGCUUAACUUGGCUGUUUAUGGGUAAUACUGAAAAUUUUCAAAAUGCAUUUGAGAAUACAAAUGCCACUCCAGGCAAAGUGGCUGUAGCAUUUUACUCUGGAAUAUUCUCAUACUCCGGUUGGAACUACUUGAAUUUUAUGACUGAAGAGUUGAAAAAUCCUUAUGUCAAUUUACCACGUGCCAUUUACAUAUCUCUGCCACUGGUAACUUUAAUUUAUGUGUUAGCUAAUGUUGCUUAUUUAGCUGUUCUGACUCCAACUGCUAUAAUUGCAUCAAAUGCCAUAGCAGUUACUUUUGGAGAUAAGCUAUUGGGUUAUAUAUCGUGGAUUAUUCCAGUGAUGGUUGCAAUUUCUGCUUUUGGAGGACUUAGUGUGCAUAUAAUGACUUCCUCAAGAAUGUGCUUUGUUGGUGCGAGGAAUGGACAUUUCCCGGCAAUGCUUAGUCAUAUUAACAUCAAUAAAUAUACUCCAACUCCGGCUUUAGUAUUUUUGUGCAUUCUAUCUCUGAUUAUGUUAUGUACCAGCAAUAUAUUUAUCCUUAUAACAUAUUGUAGUAUAGUAGAGUCAACAUUUAUUAUGCUUUCUGUUGCUGGAAUUUUGUAUUUACGGUACAAAAGGCCUGAUAUGAAUAGACCUAUUAAGGUGUCUCUUUGGGUUCCUAUAUCUUUUGUAAUAAUUUGUGCUUUUCUGGUGCUAGUUCCAUGCUAUGAAAAGCCAUUUGAAGUGGGAAUGGGAGUUAUUAUAACUUUAUCUGGUAUUCCCGCGUAUUUAAUUGGAGUUGCUUGGAAGAACAAACCAUCAGAGUUUCAAGAGUUCAACGUUAAAGUUACACAUGCUGUCCAGAAGUUGUUCAUGUCCGCUAAAGAAGAACGGGAUGAUUUUAAUUAAAUGUGUACAUCACGAUUUGCACAAUUUGCUUACAUUAUAUAAAGAAUAUUUCACUGCUUUACAACAGACUGGUUAGAAGAUAAGGUUCUGUUUCUGAAGUACAUAUCUACAAGUGAGUCACUUUUAUAAUAUUGAAAUAGAAAGUAGCUAUAACUUUAUAAAAACGAAGUUAUAGCUUACUUAUUUGAGUACAAAGAAGCUAGUUUUACAUCAUCUUGAAUCAUGGAUAGAUUUUCUUGCGUAACCUAUUUAGUUUCAUUUUUUGCUAAAAGUGAAUAUUCUUUUUAUUAAAUAUAAACGAAUGUUGGUAUUCAUAGUAAAUUUCUUUUAAAACAAUGAAAUGGAUGUGGAAUUUUUCAGUACUACUACAUUAGGUAUAUAAUGUAGAAAUAAUGUAUUAAUGAAUGAACCAUAAAUUUUCACACGCGCGCGCGCGCGUGUGUGUGUCUGUGUGUGUCUCUGUGUGUGUGUGUGUGUGUGUGUGUGUGUGUGUGUGUGUAUAACAGAAGUACAGAUACAGAUCAGUGAAAAUAUAAAUGAUAUACUUUUUAUUCAUGAGAAGAAUUCUAAUCAAGGUAGUUAUCUAAAUAAAUUAAAAUUUUGUAUCUUCCUAAAUUCUAGUAAAUUGUAUAUUUUAUAUUUUUGUUGCACAAAUGAUUAAUACAUUAAAACAUUUAUAUAAAGAAUGCAUUUUGUAACUUUUCUUUUAAGUUCAUACAUAUACGUGUCAGAAUUAAAGUUAGUACCAUAAUUUUCAUAUAAAAUAAAACUAGUCUUCAAUGUUGAAAUAAGAAAAAGAUUUUUCAAAUGAAAUAGUCAAUGAUCUGAUAUUCUACACAAAAGUAUAUUAGUCAUUUAAUUACAUAUAUAACAAAUUUACUGUGUAUUUCUAUGUUUAUAUACUAAAUAUAUGUACACAUCUAGCUUUUCAUUUAAAAUUGCUGGACUGUGAUAUAAUGUUAUCGAAUGAUCUAUUGAAUGUAAGAUAAGCGUGUUGAGUGUUUUGUGAGUUGAAUUUAUUGAUUCAAAACUCAAAUUGUAAUUAAGAUAAUUUCAAAAAUUGAAACUUUAAUCUGAAAACUCAUUAAU